CUCUUUGCUACUUAUUCCGAAGCUCAAAGACCAACACGGCCCGUUGCAGGUCAAGUUCUCAACACAGCUCAUCGCCUUUUUGCAGCGACCUUGAUUUCGAACAGACAACCGCCGGAGCUCCAGAAUGGAACCUAGAGCUGAUUCAACAGCACCUUGAAGAGAAACACCGCGACUCGACUGUGCCCAUUCGCGCGCCCGCCCACUCGGCACAACACAUACAGCCUCACACCCACAGAAACCCCAACUUCAGCCGCCCAAUAUGCCGAAAAAGGCCAUCGACGCGCGCAUCCCCGCGCUGAUCCGAAAUGGCAUGCUGGAAAAGAAACGCAGCUUCUUCGUGAUCGUCGGCGACCGGCAAAAGGACGUUAUCGUCAACCUCUACCACAUCCUCCUCAACCUCGACAUCAAACUCAACAAGAGCGUGCUCUGGGCCUACAAGACCAAACUGCUGGGCUUCAGCAGCCACCGGCAAAAGCGGGAGAAGAAGCUCCGCAAGGAGAUCAAACGGGGCGCGCGCGAGGCCGACACGGAGGACCCCUUCGAACUCUUCGUCAGCACGCAGAACAUCCGCUACGUCUACUACAAGGAGACGGAGAAGAUCCUGGGAAACACCUUCGGCAUGUGCAUCCUGCAGGACUUCGAGGCGCUCACGCCGAACCUCCUCGCCAGGACGAUCGAGACGGUGGAGGGCGGCGGCUUGGUCUUGCUGCUCUUGAAGAGCAUGAACAGUCUCAAGCAGCUGUAUACGCUGUCGAUGGACAUCCAUUCGAGGUACCGGACCGAGGCGCACGACGAUGUGGUCGCGAGGUUCAAUGAGCGCUUCAUCCUUUCGCUCGGCAGCUGCGAGUCGUGUCUGGUCGUGGACGACGAGAUGAACGUGCUCCCCAUCUCCGGCGGGAAAUUCGUCGUGGAGAAGCAAAUCGAGGAGGGCGAGACGGGAGUGUCCAAGACGAGGCAGGAGCUGGAAGACAUCAAGGAGACGGCCUCGGAGAAGGAACCGGUCGGUUCGUUGGUGAAACUCGCCCGGACGGUGGACCAGGCCAAGGCGUUGUUGACCUUCGUCGACGCGAUUGCGGAGAAGACGCUGGCGAGCACAGUCACGUUGACCGCGGGUCGAGGGCGAGGUAAAUCGGCGGCCCUGGGUGUGGCGAUUGCGGCGGCGGUGGCGCAUGGCUAUAGUAAUAUCUUCAUCACGUCGCCCUCGCCGGAGAAUUUGAAGACCCUAUUCGAGUUUGUAUUCAAGGGGUUCGACGCGCUGGGGUACCUCGAUCAUACCGAUUACACCAUCAUCCAAUCGACGAAUCCGGAUUUCAACAAGGCCAUCGUGCGCGUCAAUCUCCAUCGCCAACAUCGUCAGACCAUCCAGUAUAUUCAACCCCAGGACGCGUAUACCCUUGGUCAAGCGGAGCUCUUGGUCAUCGAUGAAGCUGCUGCGAUUCCUUUACCGCUUGUGAGGAAGCUAUUAGGACCGUAUUUGGUCUUUAUGGCUUCGACGAUCAACGGGUACGAAGGAACUGGUAGAUCGCUCUCGCUGAAGCUCAUCCAACAACUGCGCGAGCAAUCUCGGAGUGCUUCAUCGGCUGGAGCAGGAGGAAAGGUGACCAGUCGUGGGGACGGCACCAACGCGGACAAGGAACUUCUCAGCCGAUCCGCUCGAACGUUGCGGGAAAUCACAUUAUCCGAACCCAUUCGGUACGCACAGGGUGACGGGGUCGAAAAGUGGCUCAACAAACUCCUCUGUCUCGAUGCGACACUACCGCGGAGCUCAAACAUCGGAGGCACACCACAUCCCUCACAAUGUCAGCUGCUCCAAGUCAACCGCGACACUCUCUUCUCGUUCCAUCCCGUCAGCGAGAAGUUCCUCCAGAACAUGAUGGCGCUCUACGUGGCGUCACACUACAAAAACACCCCCAACGAUCUACAGUUGAUGUCUGACGCACCGGCGCAUCAAUUAUUCGUCCUCGUCCCUCCGAUUCAAGAAGACGCCAAUCGCCUUCCGGAAAUUCUCUGCGUGUUGCAGAUCACACUCGAAGGACAGAUCAGCCGGGAAAGUGUGCUCAACAGUCUCUCGCGAGGGCAGCGUGCCGGUGGAGAUCUCAUCCCGUGGCUGGUCAGUCAGCAAUUCCAGGAUUCGGACUUUGCAGGCUUGAGCGGCGCUCGCGUGGUGCGCAUCGCGACGAACCCGGACUAUUCGAACAUGGGAUAUGGAUCCCGCGCCAUCCAGCUCCUGACGGAGUUCUUCGAGGGCAAGCAUAUCGAUCUCUCCGAGAACGGCGCGGCGGCGUCAUCGCAUGAGAUGGAAAUGGUUCGCGCGACGGACGCCGACCUCGCAAAGGCGACGCUGACGACGGACAAAGUCGAAGUGCGAGAUAUCAAAUCCAUGCCGCCCCUUUUCGCUCGACUAUCCGAACGCAAACCCACCGCGCUGGAUUACCUCGGUGUGUCAUAUGGCCUCACACAACCCCUGCAUAAAUUCUGGAAGAGGGCGGAAUUCGUCCCGGUAUACCUGCGACAGACGGCCAACGAUCUCACCGGCGAGCACACCUGCGUCAUGCUCCGCACGCUGGACUCCGGAUCGAGCGAUGCCAGCUGGCUGGGCGCGUACGCGAAGGAUUUCCACCGCCGCUUCAUCUCCCUCCUCAGCUAUCAAUUCCGCGCCUUCACCAGCGUCCAGGCCCUGGCCAUCGACGAAUCCGCCAACAUGGGCGUCGCCUACCUCCCACCCUCCGACCAAGCCGCGAUGCUCACCAAGACCGAUCUCGACACCUACCUCACGCCCUACGACCUCAAACGCCUGGACUCCUACGCCAACAACAUGCUCGACUACCACGUCAUCCUCGACCUCAUGCCGACGCUCGCCAACCUCUUCUUCACCGGCAGCAUCAAGGACGCCCACGGCGUGCAACUCUCCGGCAUCCAAAAGGCCCUCCUCUGUGCCAUCGGCCUCCAACGAAAAGUCCUCGAGGACCUCGAGAAGGAACUGGGUCUCGGCACGAGCCAGCUCCUCGCCAUGUUCGUCAAGGUCAUCCGCAAAGUCAGCACGCAUUUCCGCACCCUGCAGGAAUCGGCCAUCGAAAAGACCAUGCCCUCCGCCACCGCCCUCCACAACGGGCAAACCGCCGCCGACGAGGAAGACGACGACCACGUUCUCCACACCCACUCCUCCGCCAUCGACUCCACCGCCGUCGCCGCCGACCUCACCGCCGACCUAGCCGCCGCCGGCGCCGAAUUCGACGCCGACGACCGCCGCGCCCGCCAGGAGGCCAACCGCGCCCUGAUCGACAGCCUGCCGCUGGAGAGCUACGCCGUCGAGAACGGCGACGGGCCCGCCUGGGCGGACGCCGAACGACAGGUCCGCGCGCAUCAGUCCGGGAAGGGCCCGCGGGCGCCGGUCAACGUGGCCGUCAAAUCCGCGGCCAAGAUGGAGAGGAAUAAACGCAAGGCCGGCGAGGCCCUGAGGGAGGUGCAGAAGGAGGCCGAGAAGUUGUCCAGCAUCGGGGAGAAGGGGGGCAGGAAGGGGAAGAAGGCGAAGGUUUGAGAGAAAGAAAAUGUCGACUCUUCUGGGCCGCCUUUUUACUCUCCAAUGUGCGGCCGUUCUUUGCAAUAAUGUUUCUGUGCUAUGAUUAUGAGAAUAAGAAGGAAGUUAGUGUAUCUGCUUCACA